AUGCCGUCACACAUCAAGAUAGGAGUGUUCAUCCCCAAUGGCGCUCAAUUCCUCGACGUUGCAUGCGUUGAUAGCUUCGGCGUCAUGUCCAAGAAGUACCUCGGCGUCCUCCCCUUCAUCCCUUCGCACGUUUCUUCUCUCGCACCAGACGUGUCAAUUUACUACGUUAGCAGCCCGAAGCAAGGGCCCGAGAUUCCAUUGACUUCAGGGGCUGUUCUGAAAGCUACCCACGUGUACACGGACGAGGAGGUGGCUCCGGGCAAACUGGACAUGGUGGUUGUUCCUGGUCCCGAUCCGACAGAGAAGUUUGCAGAAGAGGGACUCAAGUGGCUACGAGGACAUGCCGAGACAGAGGGCGUGGAUGUGCUGAGUAUCUGCACGGGCUUGUUCAUAUGUGCGUCUGCAGGCAUUGCGGAUGGCAAAAGAGCGAGUGGGCCGAGAGGAUUGCAGGAUUGGUUGAAGGAGUCGUUCCCCAAGUUGAAUCUAGUUGGGGACAAGUACCGAUGGGUGCAGGAUGGCAAUUUUUGGUCAAGCGGCGGCGUUACGAAUGGGAAUGAGCUGGUUGCUGCAUAUGCACGAGCUAGUAACCGCUGGGCUCAGCCAGUUGUCGAGGCAGGUCUGAUGAUGACCGAGGUUGGGGACCGAGGCCAGUUCUAUGAAGGUAAUCAAUCUGUAUUCUAUCUGCGUUUUGCGUGGCAAAUUGUCAAGGCAUGGUUUCUGAAUCUGACACGACGGCAGGAGACGGCGAAGGCAAAGACGCCGUGA